AUGUCACUGGAGGAGGGCCUGAAGUUAGGGUUGCAGGAAUGGGGGCGCACAGGAGCCUCUGAGCGAUUGGCCUUCCAUGAGAUGGCUGUGAGGUUCUUGGAGCUUGAGGCCCAGGAGGAGAUGCAGAAGCUGACAUGGAUGAAGGGGAUGCAGAGCCUCUCUGGCAGCCUCUCAGGCUGUACCCCCCACAGUGGCCUCCAGGCUCAGGCUGCCCCCAGGAAGCCACACAAAUCUCAGAGCCCACCCAGGCACCCAGUCCCCCUGAAGACCUCCCUGGGGGCUGCCCAGGACAUGGAUGUGGAGGGGACACCCCUGCCACAGCCCCUGGACAUGGAUGUCCUGAGUCUUAUUGAUCAGCUGUGUUCCCAGGAGGACUUCCUCACCCAGCCUGAGGCCCUCCUGAACCCCCAAUUCCUGGAGGAGCUGCUCUCCCCAGACCCUGAGCUGGACCUCUCAACCCUGGCUGAGGAGCUGGGACAGCAGGGAGGACUCAGCCCCACACAGCUGCCUGAGCAGCACUCUCUGGAUGUGAACAGAAGAGGGGGUGAGCAGGAGCCCUCAGGACCAACUGAGACUCCUGUGGACACAGGGCCCUCUGGAGGUGCCUCACAGGGUCCUGUCUUAGGGCCCCUCCGGGAUGAGGAGCCUCUCCCCAGCCUGGCUUUCCUCAUGGCCUCUCCUCACAGCCUGCUGCCCCCAGGCUUUGCACUGAGCCCUGAGCCUGCCACAGCCCACAGCAACCUCUAUUCUGGGAGACCAAGGGCUCCACGUUGUGCACACCUGAAGAGAAAGAACCUUCCUGCAGCCCCUGCUCAGGAAGCCAAGUCCAGAAAGCGCCCACUGGAAAAGGCCCCUGGCCAGUCUGGGAGCACAGCCCUCCCCAGGGGCUCUGCAGGGCUGGCUGAGCCCUCAUCCCCAAAGAGGAGGUGCCCUCCUCAGCUGCCUGGAGGAGCAGGAGGAUGGUUGGCAGCUAAUAGGGGGUAGGGAGCCUGAACUAAGGUGGCCUCACCUACCUUUGAGAACUGGGGACCUCAACUCCUUCUCAGGACUUGGGGCCCCACCUUUUUCUCAGGCCUGAGAGCCUCACCCCUUCUUAGGGCAAAGGGCUUGUGGUCCAUCUCUCAGGCCUUGAAGACUCACUUCCAUCUAAGGGCCUAGGGCCUGAUCCCCUAUGACUCUAAGGUC